GGCGACCACAGGCUGAGGCAGGAAAUAGUUUGUGAAUGUGUGUGUGUGUGUUUCCGUGCUUAAAUACGUGUUUCUUCUUGCAUUGCUGCGUUCUUCCCUGUCAGACGUGUUUGGUACCUGCAUCGUCACCCUGUCUAACCCCAUUUUCCCCCUGACUGCUUGCUCAUCACACUCCUUUUCCUGAAAGCAGCUGAACAAUCUCAGACCAGGACAAGAAAGCUUCAGUCUUCUUUCAGCCCGGAUCCACCCUGUCUGUCCAGCAAUCCUUAUUCCCUGCAAUGCUCCUGUUAUCAACGGGGAAAACCCUCAUUUAUGUGCCACAUUUUCCAUAAUGUUCCCGCUCCAGCCAGUACCGGGUCAGUUCGGCCCAGAGGUCCGCAACCCUGGCCUUUGGGUGUGGAGGGUGGAGAAAAUGAAGGCGGUGCAGCUGAAUGCCUCCGAGGUGGGAGCCUUUUAUAAUGGAGACUCCUACUUGGUGCUGGAGAACCGGGGCGAGAAGGGAGCUGACCUCCACAUGUGGAUUGGAGAGAAGUCCUCUCGGGACGAGCAGGUAGCCUGUGCCAUGUUGGCCACCCAGCUGGACAACUUCCUUGGUGGUGAUCCCAUCCAGCACAGGCAGGUUCAGGGCUUCGAGACCCCUCAGUUCAUGGAGCUCUUCCCCAGAGGGGUCAGCUACAAGGAGGGUGGCAUUGAGUCGGGUUUCAGGAGGCCACAGGGCAGUGGGACGGUGCAGAGGCUGUACCAGAUCAAAGGGAAACGCAACAUCCGUGCCAAGGAGGUGGAGCUGUCCUGGAGCAGCUUUAACAAGGGUGACUGCUUCAUCCUUGACCUCGGUGAGACAAUCCUGUCAUGGACCGGAUCACAGGCCAACAUGUUCGAGAAGCAGAAAGUGCGUGAGAUUGCUUCGCUGAUCAGAGACACGGACAGACAUGGAAAAGCUCGCGUUGUGGACAGUUCUGAGGGGGAAGAGCCUGAGGAAAUGCUGAAGGUGCUGGGUCCAAUGCCAGCUCUGGCAGAAAGCACGCCGGAAGAAGACAACAAAGCCGACGCUUCCAACUCUGCAUCCCUCUACAAGGUAUCUGAUGCCACAGGCUCCAUGAAGACAACUAUGGUGUCAGAGAAAAGCCCAUUUGCCAAGGAGCUGCUUGUCCGGGACGACUGCUUCAUUCUGGACAAUGGAGCAAACGGAAAAAUCUUCGUCUGGAAAGGUCAUGGAGCAAAUGCAGAGGAGAAGACGGUGGCCAUGCAGAUAGCAGACAACUUCAUCGACCAAAUGAAGUACCCCAGAAUGAAAACACAGGUGGAGAUCCUGCCUCAAGGGAAGGAGACCAUCAUUUUCAAGCAAUUCUUCAAGAACUGGAACUAAACAUCUCACUGGGAACCUUCACCAGAUCCUGCAAACCUGAAAUCAGACAGGAUUAAACUCAAAACAUGUUUUUUGUUGUUGUUGUUUUUUUUAUAAAAGCAUUCUGGUGUAUGUACAUACUUCAAGGUUAACAUGCAGGUUGCUGGUUUUGAAUAUCUUAGAAUCAGAGAUUUGAUGCCACUUUUAUAAAAAAAAGACGUAUUUCUUGUGGUGAGAGUUUGAACAAAUCAAAAAAGUAUUAAGAGAACUGGAUAAUGUACAUUUGUUCAACAGUAUCACAGAUUUGUCUGAAGCAGAAGAAUAAAUCUGAAAGUUCUCACUG